AUGCGUCUGUGUUGUUGCUGCAGGAGAAAUUCUGACGAAGUCGACAAGGGCUCUGCUAUCGAGCUCCGUGUUGGACCAGAGGUUGAAGAAAUUCCGCUGCGGUCUAGUAAUGAAUCGCACGUGGAGGAGGAUCUACAAGGGAAGCUGUGGUACCACGGAAGGCUGACCCGCGAGCUGGCGGAGCCGUUGCUCUGUGCAGACGGCGACUUCCUGGUGAGGGAGUCGUCCGUCAAGAACACGCCCCGACUCACUCUGUCCGUGCGGUGGCAGCGGGAAGUCAAGCACAUCAUACUGCUGCGCAGCCACGAGGGCUGGUACUGCAGGCCGGGAGUUUUCUUCGGCAGCGUGGAGCAGCUGGUGUCGGGUUACCAGACGUCUGGGCAGCUGUUGCUGGAGGGAUGGGGCGGGCGUCUCCUGAGGCCCGUGCAGAACGUCACCUGCGACCUCACCAGCCAGGACGUCACCCUCAUCAAGAGGAUCGGGGAGGGCUACUUUGGGGAGGUGUUCCUAGGGCUGCUGAGGAGUUCUGGGGAGAAGGUGGCGGUCAAGAUGUCCAAGGUGGACCUUCCCGACGAACGCCGGCGUGACAUCAUUGACGAGGGCCGGCUGCUCCACCGCUACAGACACCGCCACGUCGUCGGCUUCGUCGGCAUGUGCCUCUACCACAGCACCAUCAUGGUCGUCAUGGAGUUUGUCCCAGGUGGUUCGCUGCUUCAGCACCUGAAGGAGCACCGGCUGACGCUGUCCACAGAAGAGCUGACGGCCAUGUGCCGUGACGCGGCUGAGGGGAUGGCCUACCUGGAGGCUAUGAAGUGUGUGCACCGCGACCUGGCCGCCCGCAACUGUCUACUGGGAGAGAACAACCUGGUGAAGAUAUCGGACUUUGGCAUGUCCCGCGAGGUGGAGGACUACUACAUGGCCCACAACCUACGCCAGGUGCCGGUCAGGUGGACGGCUCCCGAGGCCCUCCAGAUGGGCAAGUACUCGUGGAUGAGCGACGUGUGGAGCUUCGGCGUGCUGAUGUGGGAGGUGUUCUCGCGCGGAGCCAACCCCUACACGGGCUUCAGCAACCAGGAGGUGCGGGACAAGGUCGAAAACGGUUUCCGCAUGCGCCCCCCAGCUGGGACACCGGUCGCCAUGGCGACGCUGAUGUCUCGCUGCUGGGAAGCGGAGCGCAGGCAGAGGCCGCACUUCUCAGAGAUCCUGCAGGCCAUCGAGGACUUCCAGACGCGGAGCGCACCUGUCCAGUAGCUUGCCGGACUGGGAAGCCCUCCUCAUCACCUUGCUGUACUUCCGUACCAGCGGCGCUAAUCUCAUGUUGACAUUCUCUGUACCUGCGACAUGGACAACAAGGCACAGAGGGCUUCAUAUCUACUGGACCGACGACCAGGUGUUUUCAGUGGGUGAGCGUCCACAAGCACAUCCUGAUCAAAUCAGAAGUCAUAAAACACCCCAUAUACCGACGCAGACCAGGACAGCACCAGCACCGCGUGGUCACGAAUUGUGUUGUUGGAAGAUAAUGUGACAGAGAUCUCAAAGACAGCGUCAAAUCAAGUGCCUUGUUUUAUCAGUGUUCUGACCACUUUGAUGCAUCCCAUGACGACUUUCUCUGCUAUGACAAACUCUUCUUCUCAGAGCACCACAUGUACCAAAAUGCGCAGUUACUCUAAAAGCAUGGUUUGGUAAGUCUGGUAGAAAAACAACAUAAAAUGUUUGUUUCGUAAACAACUCACUUUACUUCUCACCAUAGCCUCCUUUGAGAGAUAUAUACUUGGUUCAGCGGUCCUCCAGCCUCUUAAUCCCAUAAAUAAAAAAAAAAACUCUGCAAAAUACUCAUUGACGUUUAGUACCACUUCCGCAUCCGAUGAAAAUUUCUUCCCAGAAAGCCAAAGUUU